AUUGGCUGCUUCUUUUGGCGGGAGGAGCGGGUUUGAAAUCUCCGGUUCAGGCGAGGGUGGUUCUUAUCGUCGUAUCCGUCUCUCAGUCCUGAGCUGCCGGGAAUUCCUGGGUCCCUGCACCCCCCCCCCCCCCUCCGACCAGGCCACACCGGGAGGCACCCGAGGCCGCUGCCAUGUCCUUCCAGUUCAAUAUCCCAUUGGCUUUCCGUGACCUGCUGAAGAGUGGUGGCGUGGGGCAGUAUGUGGUGCAGGAGGUGUUGUCGGUGAAACAGCUUGACCAUCAGCUCAGCGCUUAUAAAGCAUCUCUCCGCUCCGCUGGAUCUCAGUGUGUCUCCCAGCACUUUGAUGCUCUGUACAGUAUGUUAUACCACUUCCGCUCCUUGGAUGCUGCCCUGAAAGAAGAUCUGCUUGAGCUGCUUGUAAAAGCAACUUCUCAACAUGCGAGUGAGCUCCCUGCCGUCCUGGAGGACCAGACACUGGCUACAGUGGAUCGAAAUGUCCACCUUAACACCCUGAAGAUGAACUGCUUCCUCCUGGUGCAUCUAGUGGAGGCCUUCGAGGUGGAGACGUACAAAGCUGCUUUGGGGAACGUGGAGCCCAGUGGCAGGGGCAAGAAGAGCAAGUCCAGAUCAGAUGGCUUUACGUGGGAGUCUGAGCGCGAGCGUGUCCUGCAGACAAUUACGCAUCUCCUUCAGCUGGAUAUUCGGCGGCUUUGGACCAUGUCACUGAUAGAAGAGGAGUUUAUCAGCAUGGUUACUGGCUGCUGCUAUAAGAUGAUGGAGAAUCCCAGUAUAGGAGCACUGAAGAACAAGCCAUUAUGGGAAGCCUUAUCGCACCUCCUUGGGGUGGCUGUGAAACGCUCCAAUGACACGCUGAGUGUCAGUGUGAAAGUAAUUCAGCUGUUGCAGCACUUUGAACACUUGCCUCCAGUGCUAGUCCAGGCUGUGACUCUGUGGGCCACUGAAUAUGGGAUGAAGUCGCUGGUGGGGGAGAUCAUGAGGAAGAUUGGACAGAAGUCAUCCCAGGACCUCACCCGAGAGAACUCUGGAAUAAAAACGAUCUCUACCUUUAUUACUCAGUUAUCUGAGCGGAUCCCCACGAUCAUGAUGCCUAAUAUUAGUGUGUUGCUGGGGUACUUGGAUGGAGAGCCAUACAUGAUGAGAAACACGGUGCUGACUGUGAUGGGGGAGAUGAUUGUCCGCGUGCUUAGCGGUGAUCUCCUAGAGGAGUCUGAAAAGAACACACGAGAGCACUUCCUGGACACGCUGCAGGAACAUAUACACGACAUCCAUACCUUUGUGCGUUCCUGCGUCCUGCAGGUUUACAAUCGUAUAGUGCAGGAAAAGGCUCUGCCGCUAUCGCGCUUCCAGGCUGUUGUCACGCUGGUGGUUGGUCGUCUGUUUGAUAAGUCUGUAAAAGUGUGUAAGAAUGCCAUACAGGUCCUGGCGUCCUUUCUGGCAAACAAUCCUUUCACAUGUAAGCUUAGCAGUGCUGACCUGAAGGAGCCUCUGGAGAAAGAGACCAAGAAGCUUAAUGAACUUCUGGAGAAACAGAGAGGAAAGCCACCAGUAGUGGUCAUCUCCCCAGAGGAGGAAUGGGAGGCCAUGCUUCCGGAGCUACAGGAAACCCUCCGAACCCUGGAGCAGGAGAAUGAGGACGGGGAUGAGUCCAUGGAGGAGGCAGAUACUCCACAGCAACUGCAUCAACAUAUUCUGCUCCACCUGAGGAAGACCAGUUACAAACGUGCCAUCCUCCUGGUGCAGAAAGGAGUCUCGUGCUUCCCAGAAGACACUGUGUUUGCUGCGGGAAAGGACACAGAGGAAAAUGCAGUGCUGACAAUUCUGGAGCAAAUCUUCACUGCAAAGGAUAAAGAUUCAGCAGCUGCAACAAGCGAGGAACCAGAGUUGCCCCCUGCAGGAGACGGAACAGCCCCUGAGGAGCAGAAGUCUGAGCUAAGCAAGCAGGAGAUGCUGGUGCAGUACCUGGCCGAUGCUCACCACUUUGCAGUAAAGAUAGAGGAAGCUAUUGAUGCUAUUAGCAAGAUGAUGUAUGAAGCCGCAUCAUCAGUGGUGCAGGAAGUCAUAGAAUUCUUUGUUACGGUGUCGCAGUUUGGGGUGCCACAGGCUGUGAUUGGGGUACGCCGUAUGCUGCCUCUAGUCUGGUCUAAGGAGCCCGGUGUGCGAGAUGCUGUGGUGGGGGCUUACCGGCAGCUGUACCUUGGCUCUACCUCCGACUCUGACAGGGUGAAAGCUCAGAAUUUGGUCCGUAAUCUGUCUCUGCUUAUGGUAGACUCCUCUGCUGGGAUGAUCCAAUGUUUGGAGGAGAUAGUCUUGGAAUUUGUACAGAAAGGGGAAAUCCGCCCCGCUGUGAUGCAGUUGCUUUGGGAGAAGUUUACCCUUAAGUCUCCUUGUUCUGAUCUGGAACGUCGGGCUGCCAUUAUGUUGUUGGGUAUGAUGUCUCGGGGUGAGCCAGAAAUUGUGCUCAGUAACUUGGAAACGCUGGUUACGGUGGGCCUGGCUCAGGAUGUGCAGCGGGAUUAUCAGGUGGCGCAAGAAGUCUGUAAAUGCAUCUUAAAAAUCACAGAUAGCCAGAAGCCGUCUCUGGGUAAGAAAUCUACACCUUUUCGGCUUCCAAGGGACCACUGUCUGUUCCAAAAUCUAACCGAAGCCGUUGUCGGAGGCAUCAGUCAGCAGAGCCUGCAUUGGUUGCCCUUCAAAGAGACUGCAGUCCGGCUGGUGUAUGAAAUCUCUGAAGAGCCAGAGGAGAUCUGUGCGGACCUCUUACAGCGAUGCAGCCAACAGGUCCUACAGGAGAUGAACCAGCAGGGGGAAGCAACUGCAGUGUCUGCAUACCUGCUCACCCACCUGCUGUCACUGGCAGGGGACGUGGCACUGCAGCUGGUGAUACACUUGGAAUGUACAGUCAGUGCGGAGCUCAGGAGAAGAAGAGUCUUAAAGGAGGAACAAGAAGCGGAGAAACUGGGGAAGAACAAGCGAAGUAAGAAAAAGGGGAACGAGAGUAUGGAGGAAGAAGACCUGGGGCUUGUGGGCGCCUCUGCAGAUGACGCCGAUGCUGAACUAAUACAGAAGAUCUGUGACAAUGAGCUACUUGGCGGCCUUUGUUCCGUAGGGCAACAGUACCUGUCUGCAUUUCUGCCCCUUGUUCUCCGGGUCUGUAAAAGCUCAUCGAAGUACACGGAUCCGGACCUGUGCACAGCGGCCUCCCUGGCUCUCACCAAGUUUAUGAUGAUCAGCUCUGAUUUCUGUGACUCUAACCUACGUCUGAUCUUCACUCUUCUGGAGAAGUCCGUACUGCCGCGGGUGCGCUCUAAUAUAAUGAUUGCUUUAGGGGACCUCAGCAUCCGCUUCCCCAACCUUAUUGAGCCGUGGACCCCACACCUCUAUGCCAGACUUCGGGAUGAGUCCUGUGUUGUCCGGAAGACCUCAGCCAUUGUAAUGACCCAUCUGAUUCUGAAGGACAUGGUCAAGGUCAAAGGACAAGUGAGUGAAAUGGCUGUGCUUCUCAUAGAUGAAGACCAAGAAAUAGCCUCUCUGGCCAAGAACUUCUUCACUGAAUUGUCCAACAAGGGCAAUGCUGUGUACAAUCUCUUGCCUGAUAUCAUCAGCCGCCUCUCUGAUCCUGAGUGUGGCGUUGAGGAAGAGCCUUUUCAGAAGAUCAUGAGACACCUCCUGUCGUAUAUCACGAAGGACAAGCAGACUGAGAGUUUGGUGGAGAAGAUGUGCCACAGAUUCCGUACAGCCAGGACCGAGCGUCAGUGGAGGGAUCUUGCUCAUUGUCUGUCCCUUCUGCCAUUCUCUGAGAAAGGUCUAAGUAAGAUGCAAGAUUGCUUUGACUGUUAUGGCGACAAGCUGAGCGAUGAUGCCGUGUACAAUUCCUUUAUGAGCACCGUGGGAAAGAUGCGCAGGGGGGCAAAGCCAGAACUGAAGACUUUGAUCGACGAGUUUGAGCACAAACUCACCGUCUGUCACAACAAGGGUUUGGAGAACAUGGACGUGCCUGGAGAGACCGUCAACGGGGACCCUCAGCCACCUUCAACUGUGCAGAAGAAUCCCGCUAAGCGGCGACCGCUGAAGUCCAUAAAUAAAGCCCCGAAAGCCACCAAUGAAAAUGACUUUCAGACCCCGAAAUCUCGCGCCCCCAGGAAAAGUAGCAGGAAACUGACUGUAAUGUUCUCUAGUGACGAGGAGUCUGAUUUGGAAGCUGAACUGAGUGAAGCGGACACUCCUAAAAACCCCACCCCCAUCAGACGCGCUACUAGAUCACGUGCUCGGUGACCCGGAAUGUUAGACCCAUUGCGUGAUGACUCAUUUACUUGCACUCAUGACCCUUUCCAUUUGUAACUUUUUGUAUAAUAUUAAACUUUCCUUCUCCUCUUA